AUGCGAAACGGAUGGAUCUCGGAUGCCCCAUUCACGCUCAACGGAACGAACAUAUCCGAAUGCACCAGCUACGUUUAUCUCCUACGUCAGCGAUCGAAGAUUAGAGACGCCGCCGCGUUUGCCAAGGAAAGUAAAAUGAGGAAGACCGCCGACCCGAUGGUCAGAUUUCUUCACGAAGUCCUUCAAAGAAAAGCAGCAUUGCGAACCAGCUGCUUACUCAGAGGUUCGCAGCUGGCUGGCCAACACUCUGAACUAGUCUCGCGGACCCAACUUUUGCAACAAUACUGCCAUGAAUAUGUGGUGAGCGAAUCAGCGAGAAAGCGCAUUUCCUCAUUUUGUCACAUUCGUGGUAUGAUGCUUUCAAUGUACCGGGAUUGCUUAGUCAAGAGAUCGAAGCAAGUAUCCAUUUCGGCCUGCGUUCGACACAUUAUGCAACAAUCAAUCAACAAUCUAUAUAUCGACAGUACAAAAGAGAGACCUUUGGUGUUCGAGGACAAUUUCUUGAACUUGAAGCUUGAAACUUGCCUGAAGAGCAGCAUCGGUGGAGGGAUUCGAUGA